CGGCAAAACAAUUUACGAUCCCUCCCUCUCUCCCGGCCGCGCUGUUGCUAGGGGCUGACGCUGUGGAGAGGCUGCUGCAGCCUCACAACGAUUCCUGCUCGCCGUGGCCCCGCGCUGGGAGUCGCUGCAGCCUCCCGCCCCGCCCCGCAUCCGCGCGCGUGAAGCUGCGGUCCCGAGAGGUUGUUGCAUAUUUGGUCACUUUCCAGUUUCAAAUCAUGGAUACAGAACAGAUCAUGGAGGGGCAGGCACAGGUACCAGAAAAUCCUCAUGCUGAGUAUGGCCUCACAGAAAAUGUAGAGAGGAUAGUAGAAAAUGAGAAGAGUAACGCAGAGAAAACAUCAAAGCAGAAAGUGGAUCUUCAGUCGUUACCUACACGUGCCUACUUGGAUCAGACAGUUGUGCCUAUUUUACUACAGGGACUUGCUGUACUUGCAAAGGAGAGACCACCAAAUCCUAUUGAAUUCCUAGCAGCAUAUCUUUUAAAAAACAAGUCUCAGUUUGAGGAUCGAAAUUAAUUCCAUGGGAAGAGGACAACAGUUUGGCUGCUAAACUUACAUGCUAACUUCUUUGAUUUCUUACAUGAGUCAUUCAUUCUUUGCUGUAAAAAUCAUAUAGAACCACAAAUGUCUUUCAUAACUGCACAAUUUCUUUUCUCUUUUCUUGAGUUAUUUAAUAAAGUACAUUUUUAUUCUCACUAGUCUGAAA